AUGGAUUCAAGAAACCCUUUGGUCUUCAAUGGAGAGAUCAGCUCCCCCAAGAAGAAAGAGAAGUUGGAGCAAAGUGAAGAAUAUUUCUCAAAAUGGAGUGAACUUCCCGACGAGAUCACUGAGACAAUAAUUGAUCGUCUUGGUUUCCCAGACAUUCUCCGAUUUGGUUCCGUUUGCAUGCCUUGGAGAUCGGUUUCACUCGAGACGCUGAGACGUCGCAGCCUCUCUUCGCGGCCAUACAAUCCAAUGGUUCUUUUUGAAUACAAUUUGGAGAAAGGAACCUUUGGUUUCUUUAGUUUUGAGGAGAGUAGGGUUUAUUGGCUCAACAUAGAAGGAUCCCCAGCUGCACAAUGCAUUGGAUGCUCUAAGGGUUGGUUAGUUAUGUUGUCACCCAACCAUACCUAUUGCUUUUUAUUGAAUCCCUUUACAGGAAUCCGAAUCGAUCUUCCAUACCUCAAUAAGCCCAAGGUUGAUGACUUUUCGAAGGUGAUAUUGAUCUCCAAUCCUCUCGAUAUCAGUUCAAAGACAAUGAACUUUCACUGUACUGUUGUUGCUUUAAACCUCUCGACCGAACUGAACAUCUGCAGUCUUGGAGAACUGUAUUGGACUGUCAUGAAAGUAGACGAUCAUGGCCAAAUUAUCUACAGCCCUAUAUUUCACAAGGGAGAGGUUUAUUCAUUGGCAGGAAUUGACGAGCUUUGGAUUCUCAAUUUGGCAGCUCCCAAGCCUGAGUCCCAUAAAUGCAAAGUUUCUUUCCCUGAAGAAGAUAUUGUUAAUGGUCAUGAAUAUUACAUUGAUUGUUACCUGGUAGCAUCAGAAGACAACUUGUUAAUGGUCUUAAGGUUGAAGACGAAAACGCCUAUAAAAACGGUCAAAUUUAUGAUUUACAAGCUAGUAGAAAAUCAUCACAAGGGCAAUGAUUCAAAAGCUGCUGAAUAUAUCUGGGAAAGAGAACUCUUUCUUGCUGAUGAUCAAGCAUUGUUCGUAGGGAACUACGUUUCGAUAUCAGUCUCAACUACUGAAUGCCGAGGACUCCAGGGGAACUCAAUUUACUUCACUGAUGACAAACUUCCAAAAUCCAGUGGUCCUGAUCAUGAAUAUCCUGAAACUGGCAUUUACAAAGUUGAGAGUGGAGACAUUGUUCCUUAUCUUCCAUUCAACUUAUAUCCCUUUGACAUGCCUCACAUUUGGAUCACCCCCUCAAUCUGA